AAAAGGACUGGUGUUUUUCCAGGAUAUCUGGAGUGGGAGGAGGGCUGACUACCCUGAGGCCUGGGAGGAGAAGAUUGUUCCACAGGCAGUAGAGAGCAGGACACAGCAAAAGGAGGCCUGCUCUAAAACACACAGUCUUGAGCAGACCGUCACUCAGGCUCUGGCUCACGACAGGACAUGAUCCAGCUGCUGGCUUUGUUCUUGUGAUUUAGCCUAGUUGGAGAAGCCACUGUGGAGGAAAGAGAGGAUUUCUGUACUAUUUUCCUCUUAGCCCAGAGGACUGAUCAGGACUGCCCUGUGUGUGUUUGUAUGGGCCUGUGGAGCCACAGGCAGGCACGGGGCCUGACCUCAGUGCGUUGUUGACGGGAGCUCUGAAUGUUUUAUUGUUCUGAAAAACAAACGAGUGGCUGGGACUUUACCCACAGACACAGUGCUAUUAGGACAACAGCAGAUACUAGGCCACUUCAUUAUCACCACGUAGCCAGAGGCCUGAGAGAACAGGAGCCUCACCAGGAUUAUUAUCACUCAACUGGAGUUUGAUCCCUACACAGCAGCAGACUGAGCUCAGAACACGCUACUGUCACAGUACCUGAAUUGGCUUCGGUGUGCAGGAUCCGACUGGCUGACAGCUGGCUGGCAUAAUAUCGAUGACUCCUGCCUACUUGGCACUCAGAUCCAGUGAUCACAGAUGUCUGUCUGUAAUUCCUAAAGAGAGGAGGAGACAAUACUGCUUGGUUUUAUGAAGAUUUAAAAAUAAAAAUAUAGAUUUUUUUAGAGUCAAUGGUUAGCUGGUUGUACAUUAUCUUUAGUAAGUAUGACUUAAAGUUGGAUUCAAAUAUGGGUUGGGUUGAUUUGAAGGAUUAUUUAUAUCGUUGUGUCAGAGACUGAAGUCAUAUUGUAGUUUAGAUUUUCCUCAGCCUGCUCCAGACAGCCAAACCAGACAUCGCACGGAUCUAAUCAGGACCUUCUUCAUUCUCAGUCUGGUGUCUCUCACCAUCAGGAGGUGACCCCACUUCCUGCCUAUAACUUGAAGGACACUCCACUCCUCAAUCUAACAUCAGUGAAGAGCGGCGUUGUCGGUUAUAAAAGUGAGCCAUGUGCACAGAGAGCAGAACUGAGUUCAAAGGUGAAACUGCACUGAGCGGAGAGAGGGAGGAGCCCAGAGAGGGAGAGAGGAAGGGAAAACGAGGUUAAGAGAAGCGAAAGAGGGUAAGAGAAGUUGUAACUCCAGAGAGUGUGACUGUGCAUUCUGGACUCCCUAGUCUCCCAGGCUGAGAUAGGCUGCUGACAGAGGCUGUGGGAUCCUACCCUAGCCCUUUGACUGAAGUGAGACACUCUGGAUGGUUCAUCUGUCCACCAGUUGUCAUCGGACGCUCCAGCAACGUUUGUUUUUCAUUUAAUGGUUUGUUUGUUCCUGGGACAGAGGACAUACCUGUCUCUAAGAACACAGGGUGAACCACCUGCUCUGCGCGUGUCUGGAACUCUGAGCUGUGGUGAACCUCUGUCUGGGGAUCCCUGUGGGGGAUCUGUUUUUACAUUGUCUCUCUGACGUGUGUCCAUGUGCAGUGGAAUGUUAGCCCGUGCGUGUCCCUGGAGGCGCGAGGACGCUGGACCUGUGAACUGUGAAUGACACACACACUGCUUUAGUGGACCACGUCCCCACACCCAAACACACUCAAACUCCUGGACCACUGGUAGCUAGCAGAGCCAUGGAGUGUUCGGCAGUGCAGACGGAGACUCCUGGUAUCCAUGACAACAGUGUAGAGUUGACCCUGGAGGAGAGUCCGGUCCUCAUCUCCUCAUUCUGCACCGAGCUACAGCUAGAUAGCGUGGAUGGAGGAGGGGGGUAUGACAUAGUGAAUAACCAGGUGAUACCAACACCGGGGCCACCACCAAACUACAGUUCACACAAUGCCUCACUUCAACAAAGCUGGGAGAUUAACUACCAGGAAGCAGCCAUCUAUCUACAGGAAGGAGAGAACAAUGAUAAGUUCUUCACACAUCCUCGGAAUCCAAAGGCGCUGGCAGCAUACUUGUUUGCUCACAACCACCUGUUCUACAUGAUGGAGCUGCUAACAGGACUCCUACUGAUGGUGCUCUCUCUCUCUGAGGCUCCCGCUGUACCAUCACUACGCCUGGAUGUUUAUGUCCACGCCACUCUGGAGUUAUUGGCUCUGGUUAUGGUGGCGUUUGAACUCUGCAUGAAGCUGCGCUGGCUCGGCUUCCACACAUUCAUCAGACACAAGAGGACCAUGGUGAAGACGUGUGUGUUGCUGCUCCAGUUUGUGGAGGCGAUAGUGGUUCUUAUCCGGCAGACGUCACACUUGCGUGUGACCAGAGCUCUCAGACCCAUUUUCCUGGUGGACUGCAGAUACUGUGGUGCCGUUCGCAGAAACCUGCGUCAAAUCUUCCAGUCCCUUCCCCCUUUUAUAGAUAUCCUGCUGCUGCUGCUCUUCUUCAUGGUCAUCUUCGCCAUCCUGGGCUUCUGUCUGUUCUCCCCUAACACUUCUGAUCCAUACUUCAACACUCUGGAGAACAGCAUCGUUAGUCUUUUUGUACUACUGACCACCGCAAACUUCCCAGACGUGAUGAUGCCAGCAUACUCAAGGAACCGCUGGUCCUGUGUCUUCUUCAUCAUCUACCUUUCCAUUGAACUCUAUUUCAUCAUGAACCUGCUUCUGGCAGUGGUGUUCGAUACGUUUAACGGUGUUGAGAAGAUGAAGUUUAAAUCUCUGAUGCUCCACAAACGCUCCGCUAUCGACCAUGCCUUCCAACUGCUGGUCAGCAGACAGAGGCCAAUGGGUCUGUCUCUGAAGCAGUUUGAUGGUCUAAUGCGUUUCUACAGACCCCGUAUGUCUGCCAGAGACCGCUUCCUCACAUACAAGGCCCUAAACACUGCAGGAGCACCCAUGCUCAGCCUAGAUGACUUCUAUAAAUUCUAUGAAGUAAUUGGCCUCAAAUGGAAGGCACGGCGGAGCGGGGAACACUGGUUUGAUGAUCUUCCACACACUACUUUUCUUAUCUUCAAAGGCAUCAACCUGCUGGUCAAGUCUAAAGCCUUCCAGUACACCAUGUAUGUGGUGGUGGCCGUCAACGGAGUGUGGAUCCUCGUAGAAACCUACAUGUUGAAUAGUGGAUUCUCCUCGUCCAGAAUAGUCCCCUGGAGCUACAUUGUCUUCCUCACCAUCUAUGGGGUGGAAGUGUUGUUGAAGGUAACAGGCAUGGGACCGUUGGCCUACUUCAGCUCUGGCUGGAACCUGUUUGACUUCUUUGUGACGGUGUUUGCCUUUCUGGGCUUGAUUGCUCUGGCCUUCGACAUGGAGCCCUUCUACUUCAUUGUGGUGCUCAGACCACUGCAGCUACUCAGGUUGUUUAAGAUAAAGCAGAGGUAUCGUAACGUGUUGGACACCAUGUUUGAACUCUUCCCGAGGAUGGCAAGCCUGGGGCUGACAUUGAUCAUCUUCUACUACUCCUUUGCCAUUGUGGGGAUGGAGUUCUUCGCUGAUGUAGUUUACCCUAACUGCUGCAAUACCAGUACAGUAGCAGAUUCAUACAGGCAGAUCAAUGUAACCAUAGGCAAUAGGACGGUGCUGGAUGAGGGUUACUACUAUCUCAACAACUUCGACAACAUUCUCAGCAGCUUUGUGACUCUGUUUGAGCUGACUGUGGUAAACAACUGGUACAUCACCAUGGAAGGAGUGACCUCCAUGACAACUCACUGGAGCCGCCUCUACUUCAUGACCUUCUACAUUGUCACCAUGGUGGUGAUGACCAUCAUCGUUGCCUUCAUCCUGGAUGCGUUUGUGUUCCGUAUGAACUACAGCCGGAAGAACAAAGAACCACUGUUAGAUCCUGAGGAUGAGAACGGUAUAGUGUUUGAGGCAGAGGUGAGUCGUGACGAGGCGUUGGCUACUCUGGAGCUUUAUAAGCAGACGUGCCCUGGACUCUCCUCACUCAACUCUCUACAGGGAGUACUGGUGGCCAUGGACCGCAGCGGGAGCUCGUUUCUGGUGUACUUGGGUCGGAGGUCGCGGACCAAGAGUGACCUCAGCAUGAAGAUGUAUGAGGAAGAGAUCCAGGAGUGGUAUGCUGAGUACUCCAGAGAGAACCUACCCCAGUCAGACCGAAGCCUCGUAGAAAGAGAGCUGGAAAUCCCUCCUCCCUGCCCUGACCCUGAACCUCAACCCAACUCACAAGGACCACUUAGUAUUAACUAACACUCACUCACUGUUUCGCUCUCUCUCUCUUACACACACACCUCUUUAACUUCAGUCAUCAUGUCACAGAGCACACUGUGAACUUAAUGGUGAUUGUCUUCCACAAUGACAAGACCGAGAACCCCUCAAGUCUCUGUCUGUCUCCUUCCCUUCUUCCCCCUCCUCCCAUCCUGAGGAAGUGUACUCUAGCAGCUUGGUCGGACAGUUGUAAUGUGGACAGAUGUGAAGGUGUCACUGAACUAGAGCCUGGAUCCUGGACCUGUUGAGAUGCAGCAGGGAUUUAUGUUGAUAUGAAUCAUGUUCUCUAUCUGAAUGGAUCUGUGUUCAAACAGGUUUAACAGCUUUAUCUAACCCCAACCCUGACAGGACCUUAGUCUGCUGAUGCAUUGACAGUUGAAGCAGAGCAUCGGGCUGUGUUUUUAAGGGUCAGAGUUAGGCCCUCUAGCUGUGAGACAGAGCUAAUGUUCAAGGCCAACACCAGAGUACGAGGAGUCACUAGAAUUUGGAAUUUCACACUGCUCUUCUUCACUGCUCACCACAGAGAGGACACACGUCUGGACAGUGAAAGGACACAUACCUGUAGGUGAAUACCAGGCUGCCUGUAGAUACGUACAAACUCACACGAUCCCGCCCCGUCUGCCAGCACUAGGCUAAGCCCCCUCAACAGCCACUAUGCCCACCCCCCCACCCAACACACACCUCAAACCCCUGCACAUGUCCAGUAACCUACAGCUAUAUCUCCUAGCCAGCGUUUGAACAAACCUAAGAGAAGACUUUACUUUUAUAACUUGUUAUUCUGUAAGUGUAUUAUAAUGUAUUUGGUGUAUUAAAUGAGGAAUCAUUUAAAUACAUUGUU